AACAUGUCCUUCAUUUGAGAACCUUCUACAAUCCCAUGUUCAUGACUCAACUCUAACAGCAACAGUAAAACCUGUAAAGACACGCCCCUGACUCCUCCUACCUGUCCCUGCCCACCCCUCAAAGACAUUUAAGAGGACGCAGCAGACGUGAGCAGCUCAGUGUCUGUGUCGUCAUCAUGGGCAGUUCUCAUUCAUCAGAUUCCCACGACAUCAACCCUGAUGGAAGCACCGUCAGUGGGAACGUUAGCAUCGGCAGCGGAGGCAACAUUUCUGCCCACAGCGCUGCUCCAGUCCUCUGUUGCAGUAGAUCCACCAGCGUCCGUCCUCCCACCGACGUGGACAAGUUCUCGGCGCAGACCCUGAACACCUGUCUGGUGGACUACCUGUCUACCAUGCGCUCCCUGGAGGACGCCAACGCCAAGCUGGAGCUGAAGGUCAGGCAGUGGGUGGAGAGCAGCGGAGGCUCCGCCUCCAGAGACUACACCGCCUGCUUCCAAACCAUCUCCAUCAUCAGGUCCAAGAUCCAGACCGCCAUCCAGUUGUACGGAUCCAUGGGCGACGCCCAGACGGCUGAUGAACACCUCAAGGACAAGAGUGAGAAGGAGCCGGCGGCGCUGCAGUCGCUGGAGGCCGACGCCGCCGAACUGAAGAAGAUCCUGAACCAGCUUGCGCAGACCAGAUCGACGUGA